CCAAAAUGCCUGACGUAUGAGGAUAUUGGUGCACUUUUGACCUUCUUUCCACCCUCUUAGUCAAAGGACUCACCCCUUCUCAGCAUUUCUCAGCAUUUAACCCAGGGUGCAGGGCUGUGGUUCACUGCCUGGGGUUUUCCCGUCCAGAUUCUUGGUAACAACAAAGACCAAGCAGUUUUGACAGUGACUGAAACGUGCAAACAGGCAUUUAUGCUCAAAGAAAUGUCCCAAAUAUCAAAUAUCUUGGGAAACAGACGAUCCUUCUAAAAAUGUUAUUGAUUUAUUUUCUUUUUUAAUUUUGUACAUCUUUCUCAAAAGACACUGAAAUUACUUUCUCAAAAAAUUUAAGGAUGACACUAACACACAAUCCCGUCUUUCUCUGAUUUUGUCCUUUUUUUCCCUCCUGUUUGUCGGAGAGCAGUGAUGGGAUGUGCGCUCGCUGCCAGGGGGCCUGACAACGAUAUGGCUCAAGUCCGAGGGAAAAACUUGAUGAGAAUGCAAGACCAAAGGGAUCAUAAUAAAGAUGCAUAAACAAGAAAGAGGAAGACCAGUCUGAGAGGUACUGUUGUGAUACCAGAGCCUGGAGGCUCUGCUGAAUGCUGGGUGUGGCUGCCAACUACCAGAGACUUGAUAUCACAGUUUGCUUUUUUUUUCUCCUUCUUCAAAGUUUUUCCGUUUUCUGUCUUUUCCCUUCAUUUGCAACUGUCAAGUAGCAGAACUGAAUUCCUGGUUGCAACAGACCAUCAAAGAUCUAUUCUUACAAACGUGUGUUACUGGGCUUCACAUUUUCACUGUUAGGAACAUAACAGGGACUAAUCAGGUUAUGAGAGGAGUCAAUUUAAUGGCUUUUCCCCUAAAAAAAAAAAAAUCAAUGCAAAAUUUUUAAUUUUAUUUUUAUUCAACAUUUUUUUCUAGUUGUUAAUUGUUUAAUACAUUGAUAUACAGUUCACCAGUGUCUUUAAGGGUGAGGGGAAAAAUGACUUGACCUUGACCCUUAACCCUUGACCCCCACGUGAAUUUUCACAUCAACACAACUUUGUGUCUCUGAAGACAAAUUCACUUGGAUGAAGUGAUCAUGAAUGGCAGCAGCGACACACUUUUCGCUCCGUACGUCUGUAAAAGGUAGGCACUAGGACCUACCAUGAGCCACAUAGUAGGGAGGAAGCAGCUUUGGGACUCCUCUCUUAAACUUUUAGAACAAUCCAUUUCCCAAAGAGAGUGUGAGGGAGACAGACUGAAGUGGAUGGCCCAGGACCUGGAUGCACUGCUCUGAAAACUGGGAUUUGGAGUUUGGGAUCAUUCUGACCUUAGCGGCAAAAGAGAGAGGCGGAAUAUAAAUUAACACCUUUUGUGGAAGUGUGUCCUCAUUAGGGAAAGUGAAGGAGCCUACUGAGAGGGAGCCGUGGUUCAGGGGGUCCAGAUGGCAGGCACGAGGGGCCUGCCCUGCACUGGAGUCUGGCUGUAGAGUCCGCGGGGGGGCUCACACUUCAACAGGACACAUUCCAAAGGACGUGUGCCCAUGAGGUCGUCACCACUGGUCCUGCUCCUCCUGAUUGGCGUUCAGGCUGUAUUGAACAUGGGAGAUGGAUUGGACCGAACCACCAGGGCAUCCAACCACAAAACAGGACAGCAGAGGGCAGCCAAUCGCAGAGCGGAACACUUGGAGAGAGCAGUGAAGGACCAACUUUCAGAGGAGCGCUAUUCACAGCACCGUCACAGGACCAGCCACCACAAGACCAAGAAGCCCCACCGAGCGGCUGCACACGCACAGGAUGCCAGCCCCGUCAUCAGCUCCCCGGACCCCUUCAGCCCGGUGGUGGACCCCAAGAUCUUCUCAAAGAAACGCUACCGCCCCUCGCCCCGUGUGGUCUUCAGCGAGGUGCCUCCAUCGCACGACGCCCUGGACGAUGAGGGCUAUGACAUUGACGGCACGAGGGGCGUCAGGGUCAAACGCAGGGCAGAGUUUCAGACCAAGCACCGGGGGGAGUUCUCAGUAUGUGAGAGCAAAAAUAUCUGGGUGGGGAAUCUGACAAAAGCCACAGACCUUACAGGGAAGGAAGUGACAGUCCUACCCAACGUUACAAUCAACAACGUAGUGAAGAAGCAGUUUUUCUACCAGACCACGUGUGCGUCUCCCACGCACAGAGACUCCAGGGCUGCAAGUGGGGGGCGUCCCGGGGGCCGCGCUGGGGGCCGGAGUGGCAAACAAGUCUCCAAAACAGACAACUCCGACUGCCUUGGCAUUGACAGUCGCCACUGGAACUCCUACUGCACCAACACACAUAUAUUUGUAAGUGCCCUGACCACGUAUGAGGGGCGGACAGCAUGGCGCUACAUCCGCAUCAAUGCGGCGUGCGUGUGUGUCCUCAGUCGGAAGAAUUGGAAUAAAAGUAAGAAGCCCUGACUGGGAAGGACUUUUGACCACUGAACUCUGAACCAAUCACACACACUUCACACAACAGCCAUUUCAUUGCCAAUACUGUAGUCCUUACUGUCCACACACUCCUUUAUCAAGCACACCUACAUGCACACCCAACACCUUCAGUCAUCCCCCCCCAGCCCUACCUCAGUCAAAAAGUCCUGGUUGUUUUUAAGUUAUGAGGACUGCAUGUCAUAUUUAUGGUUUAUACAGUCUAAUAUGAAAAUAUUUACAGUAUGUUUAUGAAAAUGAAUUCAAGCUUUAUUGUUGAUGUCUUUGUUGUGUUGUUAAUGCUGUUAUUUAUUAAACACCUCAGUACUUGCCUG